GGGUCUCCCCCAGCCCGGCGGUGGCACGCGACCACUAGGCUCCAAAUCGGCGACUCGGUCCCCGCCAGCUCCUUCUCCUCCCUGCGCCCCCGCCGCUGCAGCAGCGUGGGGCUGACCUGGCAGGGAGGCCGGAUUUCGGCCGGGGCUGAGGAGGACCCCGCUUCCCGCCACCCCCUCCCUCUCGGGCACAGCCCGAGGGGUCCCCUCCCCGGGGGAGGAGAGGAUGGGUUUCUAAGGUGACGGAGGGCUCUGGAGAGUGUGCGCCCAGGUGGGAAGACCAGGCUACCCCGGGCCUGGGGCUCGAAUGAGAAAAUGCGGGCGCUCGGCCCCUCAGGGGAGCGCUGCACACAGCAGGAGGGGUGGCUGGGCCAUGCAAGGCCUGGAAUCCCCUGAGCAAGCAGUGUUUCAGCUGGCUGGACAGAUCAAAUAACACUUGGGCUGGUUAACAAAAGACACGCAAGUGGGAAGGUGUUGGAAGCCAGAGUGUGGAAAUUUACCCAACGUUUUCUUUGACAGAGAAGGAGACUCGGUCUGCAAGAUGCCACAUUUCUGCAGCCUCUCUGAGUCUAGCAGAAUACAGUCUCUUUCACAGUGGUGUGGAUGAGAGGGUGACAGGAUGUUGCCCCCAUCUGAAGCCUCCAGAGGAUUCCGGCCUGGCAGCUGAGCUCCCCUCAGACUUGGGACUUCAAGUGUUACUUUGUGGAGAACUCAUGGAAGGUGCUUGGGUUGCUCCAGCUUUCUUCACUGAUGCUCACCAUCCUGGUUUUGUGUUGCAGAAUCUAAGGUGAGCUGAUAAAAAGAGGGGCCAGCAGAGGUAGAAAGAAGCCCCUAGAAGCCUCCGGAAUCCAUUAUUGGGAUCCCUUCCUUCUGCUCAGGACACAGAGAGCAGCUACCAAGCUGUCAGAGGCUGUGAUACAACUGAGCUUUGGACCAUCAUCAGUAAGGAAACACAGCUCAGUAGCAGCUCCUCAUUUCAGCCAGAAGGAACUUCUUUUAACAAAAGGAUUUAAAGGGGAGAGUUUCUGCGCCUUUUCUUUGUAGUCCAUUAUGAUGGAAAACUUUAUGCUCACAUAGAUAAUGAGACUGGGUUUUUCUUUCCAAGAUGCUAUAUUUGAAAGAAGCAUGAGCUAUUCUAAGUGUGGAGGAGGACUUGGGAUAUGCAAGAGUUGGUGGACAUCCCUCUCCAUGCAGGUUAAGAAAACAGUGUGAGCUCCAACUUCUGCAGCUCAGCAAGCAUGGACGUGUGCCACUCUUGUCUCCAGAGAGCUGGUGGCAGUGACAUCACCACGAGAAAAAGCAUCCCUCCGCUUUGGGACUUGACAGAAUGAAGUGUGCUGGGGAGGCCACUCACCGGGACUUGGGCUUUCCCUCCGUCCCACGGGCAGCCCCUGAGCACCCCUGAGCCAACCAUGGCCGAAAAGGGCGACUGCAUCGCCAGUGUCUACGGGUAUGACCUCGGUGGGCGCUUUGUUGACUUUCAACCCUUGGGCUUCGGUGUCAACGGGCUGGUGCUGUCAGCCGUGGACAGCAGAACCUGCCGCAAGGUGGCUGUGAAGAAGGUCACCCUGAGUGACUCCCGCAGCAUGAAGCACGCACUCCGGGAGGUCAAGAUCAUCCGGCGUCUGGACCAUGACAACAUCGUGAAGGUGUACGAGGUGCUGGGGCCCCAGGGUGCCGACCUGCAGGGCGAGCUGUUCAAGUUCAGCGUGGCCUACAUCGUCCAGGAGUACAUGGAGACCGACCUGGCCCGCCUGCUAGAGCAGGGCACGCUGACGGAAGAGCACGCCAAGCUGUUCAUGUACCAGCUGCUCCGCGGCCUCAAGUACAUCCACUCGGCCAAUGUGCUACACAGAGACCUGAAGCCGGCCAACAUCUUCAUCAGCACGGAGGACCUUGUGCUCAAGAUCGGGGACUUCGGGUUGGCGAGGAUCGUGGACCAGCAUUAUUCGCACAAGGGUUAUCUGUCAGAAGGCUUGGUAACGAAGUGGUACCGCUCACCGCGUCUGCUCCUGUCGCCUAACAACUACACCAAAGCCAUCGACAUGUGGGCUGCCGGCUGCAUCCUGGCCGAGAUGCUCACAGGAAGGAUGCUCUUUGCAGGAGCUCAUGAGCUGGAGCAGAUGCAGCUCAUCCUGGAGACCAUCCCUGUGAUCCGGGAGGAAGACCAGGACGAGCUGCUCAAGGUGAUGCCUUCCUUCGUCAACAGCACCUGGGAGGUGAAGAGGCCACUGCGCAAGCUGCUCCCCGAGGUGAACAGUGAAGCCAUCGACUUUCUGGAGAAGAUCUUGACCUUUAACCCCAUGGACCGCCUAACAGCCGAGAUGGGGCUGCAGCACCCCUUCAUGAGCCCGUACUCGUGCCCCGAGGAUGAGCCCAUCUCGCAGCACCCCUUCCGCAUCGAGGAUGAGAUUGAUGACAUCCUGCUGAUGGCCGCCAACCAGAGCCAGCUCUCCAACUGGGACAGGUACCCUGUGAGCCUGUCAUCAGACCUAGAGUGGCGGCCAGACCGGUGCCAGGACCCGAACGAGGUGCAGCGCGACCCGCGCGCGGGCUCGGCCCCGCUGGCGGAGGACGUGCAGGUGGACCCGCGCAAGGACUCGCACAGCAGCUCCGAGCGCUUCUUGGAGCAGUCGCACUCGUCCAUGGAGCGCGCCUUCGAGGCGGACUACGGACACUCCUGCGACUACAAGGUGGGGUCUCCGUCCUACCUGGACAAGCUGCUGUGGCGCGACAAUAAGCCGCACCACUACUCAGAGCCCAAGCUCAUCCUGGACCUGUCGCACUGGAAGCAGGCUGCUGGCACAGCCCCCACCGCUGCCGUGGCUACGGACGCCGGAGCACGCGAGGACGAGCCCGCCAGCCUCUUCCUGGAGAUCGCGCAGUGGGUCAAGAGCACGCAGGGCGGCCCGGAGCGCACCAGCCCACCUCCCCAGGAUCCUGAGCGCGGCCUGUCUGCCUCUCCGCCCUGCUGUCCAGCCCCCGUCGACGGAGGCGCUAGCCCCCAGUUCGACCUGGAUGUGUUCAUCUCCCGCGCCCUGAAGCUCUGCACCAAGCCUGAGGAUCUGCCAGAAAAUAAACUGGGCGACCUCAAUGGCACGUGCAUCUCCGAGCACCCUGGCGAUCUCGUGCAGACGGAGGCCUUCUCCAAAGAAAGGUGGUGAGGGUGUAGGGGGCACUCCAACAACCCCCCACCGCGCGCCAGCGGGAGGCCACCCGAGAAAGCCAGGCCUGGCAGGAGGAGGCCACCGCCCGGGCACCUCCACCACCCCAUCCACCCCUCUCUGCUCCCUGGGGGUUAGCAGAACGCAGGAAGGAUCCGAGGAGAGGAACGGCCAUUUCUUAAACUGCCUUAAUAACUAGCCUUUAAUCUCUGGGAGCGGGUUUGAACAGGAGUCUAAUUUGGGGGUUGAUCACUUUCCCAGCCAAGAGGAGGUCCUUGCGUUUUAUGAGUGGUGGCCUGCAGGAAAGAAACGUGUCUUAGACAGCAGUCUGCAGGCCCUGCCUGUGUGGCUGGGCGCUGAGGAAUCUUGCAGGCGUGGUCUUGAAACCAAUCUGUCA